AUGGUGAAAGAAGCGGUGACGUGCGGGGGUCGAAAGUGUUCGCACUGUGGCUACAAUGGUCACAAUUCGAGAACGUGCAACGGGAAGGGGUGCGUGAAGCUGUUCGGCGUGUAUGUGUCGGAAAACUCGCGAGCGUCGAUGAAGAAGAGCUUGAGCGUCGAGAACAUGAGAUCUUCGUCGUGCAACAAGAGCUCGGAAUUAGCCGUGGUCGAUCCACGUGGUUAUCUCUCUGACGACCCCAAUCACCAUUCUCAAGAAGCCAAAGCUGCUCGUGAAAGGAAGAAAGGAAAGCCAUGGAGUAUGGAGGAGCACGUGACAUUCUUGGAGGGUCUGAAAAGGCUUGGGAAGGGGGAUUGGAGAGGAAUCAGCAAGAACUUCGUGCCCACCAGGACGCCAACUCAGGUCGCGAGUCAUGCCCAAAAAUAUUUUCUGCGACAGGUCAUCAACGACAAGAAGAAGCGCCGGACGAGCAUGUUUGAUUUGCAUUCUCAAGACCAUGACCAUGAUGAUGCCUCCCCAGAUUCUUCGGUCACAUUUCCAAAGAUAGUCAAGGAAGCCACAGCAUCCACAGCAUCACAUUCGCAGAAGCAGAAUGCUCUGCAAGUGGUGGAUCAGUUUCCAUAUCUUUGCUUGGACAAUCCUUCUGUCGGACCAUGCCUGGCUAGAGGAACUCUUAGACCGAGUAUUUUUGUAUCAUGUGCCUAUCUUCUCAUCCAUGCUCAAACUGUGGAGGCUAGCAAUAGAGAUCCUUGUCCUCUCACCAUUCAAAAUAGCCCUGUGGACCAAACUUGUGUACAAGCCAUUGCUCAGCCCUUCGAUAUGGUCUCCGAUGUGAACCUGCAGGGCACCGUCGAUUUUGGGUACCAGUUUCCACGCGCCACCAUCCUCGGCAUCCAUGAUCUGGAGGCCCGGCGAGCUCUAUAG